AGGUUGUGUUUAGUAUGCAAGCUCAUCUAAACAAUUACAAAUGUAUUGACCAUUAUCAGCAUUUUGUUCCAAAGAAUCAGAAGAUAUCUUUGAGCCCUAUGACAAAUGCAGCCUAAGUGAUCACUGUUCAAUUUUGCAUGUGUUCUGCAGCUUUUGUUUAUUCAAGGCCAACUGUUUGACCAAUAGUUUUGCUCUUAUCAGAGUAAAAUGUGUGAUGCUCCCACCCUACAUUUUAUUAAGGUUGUUGGUCUGUUUUGGUGCAAAGAAGGUGCAGCUUUUAAAGAAUUCUUUUUUCUUCCUUCAGGAACUUCAGAAACAUGGUAGCCAGGAUAUGAUCAUGGCUUUGGUUGGAAAUAAGGCUGAUCUACAUGAAAAACGUACUGUGUCUUCUCAGGAUGCACAGGAGUAUGCAGACAGGAACAAUAUGUUUUUUGUUGAGACAUCAGCAAAAACGGCUGAUAAUAUAAACCAACUAUUUGAGGAAAUCGCCAAGAGGUUGCCGAGGCCAACUCCGCCGUCCUGAUUAACAGCUAACUGACCAGGUGCCACACCUCCUGGUCAAUGUGUAACGUACAAUAGCAACAAAAUCCUGGAUUGAACCUUGUGGCUGGUUUAACAUGCCAGGUCAAGCCAUUUGUAUCUCUAUGAGCUUUGUGUGUUGGAAAUGUGGCUCAUGUAAAGCUUGUCCAUCGUGCUAAUUGUGCCGAAAGAGUGGGGAGGUAAUUCGUUCCCAGCAUAGUCGAAGUUAAAAUGAGCCGCGAAUGCGCGCUACACAUGGACAUUCAGUGCCAUUAUAUGGUUGAACCUGAAACAACUUCGUCAAUGUUUUGCUUUGUUUCUAGUUUCAGUUUGACUCGGUUGUUGAGCCUGUCAUGGACAGUAAUGGAAGGGUUUAAGGUUUAGAAGUGUCAAUGUUAUGGAUGAUUAAUUUGAUUACAAAAUCAACAAUAAUCG